AUGUUGAGGAGGUUGGGAUUUGAUGAGCUAGUGGUUAAGCUGAUAAUGCAAUGUGUUAGUUUUAUCUCCUACACUAUCAGAUCUGGGGGUCAUGAAAUUGGGCCUAUCAUUCCUACACGAGGUUUAAGACAGGGUGAUCCUCUUUCACCUUAUCUGUUUCUUCUGUGUGUAGAAGGAUUCUCAACAUUGAUAAGAUACUAUGAACGGUUGGGGAAGAUUCUGGGUUGUAAAGUUUCUAGAAAGGCUCCUGUGUUAUCACACAUGUUCUUUGAUGAUGAUUGUUAUGUGUUUCGUAAAGCAUCUGAGGAUAGCGCUACAAAUAUGAUUGAGUUGUUCGAAUUUUCCAAAAGGCUUCAGGACAACAAGUUAAUUUGCAGAAGAUGGAGACUUUUUAGUCAUUUGGACUCUCUCGUCAGUAAGCUUUUUAAAGCUAGGUACUACCGCAAUGGUACAAUUUUAAAUGCAGAGUUAGGUAGCAAUCCAAGUUUUGUCUGGCGUAGCAUUUAUGAAACUCAAGGGAUUGUUCGAAAAGGGGCCAGGUGUAGAGUUAGUGAUGGUUCUCGGAUUAAUGUCUUGUUGGAUCCGUGGCUCUUAGAUGAUGAUAAUCCAAGGGUAACUUUUAUUAAUCCUGCUCUUGUUGAUCAGAAUGUUAAAGCGCUUAUGGAAACUGAUUCACUGGCUUGGGAUAUUGACUUGGUGCAUGAUUUGUUUACUGAAAGGGAUGCUAAUUUGAUUCUUAGCAUUUCCUUGUCUUCAAGUCGUUUAUGUGAUGCUUGGUAUUGGAGUUGGGAAAGCUCGGGCUAUUUUUCAGUCAAAUCAGUUUAUAAGUUCUUACUCCGCUCUAGACAUGUGCCGGUUGAUGCCGUUUUCCCUGUGUGCAAAGAAACUGAUGAAACAAUCUACCAUAGCCUGGUGGAUUGCUCUUUUGCCAAGGCAUGUUGGCAACAGUUGGUUGCUGGUGUUAAUUUGACAGUAGUUGGUUCUUUUGCCAACUGGUUUGCUUCGGUCCUACAACAGGUAGAUGAGGAAAAACGAAGGCUAGUUGCAAUGACGUGUAGGGCGAUAUGGAGGCAUCGUAAUGAAUUAGUUUGGUCUAAGAAAAUUCCCACGGUUGAGAGCGUUGUUCAUUUAGCUAAAGUCCUCCUCACAGAUUGGACUCGAGCUCAAGAUACAACUAUGAUUCCCACUGGUGCUUUCCUUACAGAUGUAGAUGAUAAUGGAACUUAUAGCUUCGCGGGGGUAAUUAGAGACGAAACUAGUGCGUUGGUGGAGGCGUUUAGCUGCUGUCGUUCAGGAGUGCUGUACCCCGAAAUGGUAGAAACCUUAGGUGUUAAGGAGGCGCUGAGUUGGAUUAAGGCAAAGGAUUGGAAGGAGGUUGUCACUGAAACUAAUAGUCUUAUAGUGGUGCAAGCGUUACGUAGUUCUCUUCCUAUGGUUUCAUACUUUGGAAGUGUUAUUUCUGAUUGUAAGAUGAUGUUAAAAUGA